AUGUCUGAACCAUCUUUAUCAUCAAAUACCGGUAGUCAAGGUAAUGCCUCAAAUAAUAAUGUUUCUAAUCCUGUUCCAAAUAUAGAUGAGCUUAGACAGCAACGUGCGUCUUCAAAGGGGAGCCUUACACGAAUUAAGAACAUUAUUGAUGCGUCAAAUAAUUUGUCUCCUACUGAAUUUGAGUGCAGGUUAGGUAUGGUCGAAUCGUAUUAUAAACAAGCAUCGUAUUAUCAAGGUCAAAUUGAACGUUCGUUACCACAAGAUACAUGUCGCUCGGAAAUUGACGAAUUAUAUGUCAUAGUAAAAUCACGUAUUCUAAAUCUUCUUGGCAACAGAAGAAGCUCACAAUCACAUGAACAUACAUUUUCAAUGCCUCAAAUGCAGUACAAUCGUUUGCCUAAAUUACGUUUGCCGAGAUUUGAUGGCAAAUAUCUCGAAUAUAAAAAUUUCAUAAACUCUUUCACGAAUCUAGUUCACAGCGAUCAAUUCAUUCCACCUAUUGAGAAGUUCAACCAUCUGUUAUCGUGCCUAUCCGGCGAAGCUUUGUUAACAAUUAAGUCGUUCCAAAUAACUGAAGAAAACUAUGGCAAAGCACUAGACAGAUUGAAAGAGCGGUAUGACAAUGAUACAAUCAUUUUUUUAGAAAACAUUUCAUCUAUUUUCGAAGUGGAUAAAAUUUCUAAGGCUGAUUCUAAACAACUUAGACAUAUCACUGAUACUAUCUCAGCUUUGUACAAUUCGUUACAAUCACUUGGAAGUUUUGAAAAAAUUUGUGAUGCAAUUAUCAUACAUCUUACAAUUACCAAAGUUGAUCAAGAAACUAAAAAGAAAUGGGAUGAAUAUUUAGAUUACUCUAAUCUUCCAUCUUGGAAACAAUGUUGUGCUAUGCUUGAUAAGCGAUGCCAACAACUCGAUGCUCAAACGAGGCAUAAUGUGAAACCGCAAUCAAUUCAAACUUAUCAGCCGCAUUCAUUACAAAAGGUUAGCAAGCCAAAGCAGUAUUCAUUUGCGAUCAAAAAUAUUCCUGAAAGGUCGUGUACAUAUUGUUCCAAAUUAGGUCAUAAUAUUUCUACUUGUAUCAAAUUCAUCGCACUUCCAUUAGAACAACGUCGUGAUCAAGUACAACAGCACCAAUUGUGUUUCAAUUGUUUAUCAAACCUCCACAUUGUAUCACAAUGUAGCUCAAAAUAUUCUUGUCGAUUUUGUAAACAACGUCAUCAUACGUUGCUCCACAAACAUGAUUUAAAUACGUCUGUAAAUUCUAACAUUUCAUCAUCAAGAAAUGAUCAACUUAGUAAUCCAGUUACACAUGCUACUUCACAAAGGAGUGUUAAGAAGACAAAUAGUACCAUUAUUUUAGCAACAGCUCUAAUUCUCAUAAAAGAUUUUACCGGAACGUACCAAAUGGGCCGAGCGCUUUUAGAUUCAUGUUCGCAAGUGAAUUUCAUUACCGAUUCUCUAGCACGGGCUCUAAACUUAAAAAGGUCGAGAUCUGAAAUAGAUAUCGUUGGUGUUGGUUCUUCUGUGCUGAAAAUUCAACAUAAUACGCAAACUACAAUCCGAUCACGGAUAACCGAGUUUGAAACAUCACUAGAUUUUCUCAUUUCAAAGAACAUUAGUAGCUAUCAUCCAGAUAAAGCAUUUUCGUUGAAAGAUUUAAAUAUUCCAUCACAUAUGGAACUUGCAGAUCCAGAAUUUAAUGUUCCUAAAGGUAUUGAUAUGUUACUUGGAGCAGAAGCUUUCUUUUUGUUGUUAACGCAAGGUCGAAUGUCUUUGGGUAAAAACUUACCAAUUUUACAAAAUACUGAAUUUGGUUGGAUUGUAUCCGGAAGGUAUGCUUUGUCACAUAAACCGAUUGAAGCAGUCAGUCAUUGCACCAUCACUUCAAUCGAAGCUUUGAACAAAAAUAUUGAAAAAAUGUGGCAAUUAGAAGACGUCUCUAAUAAACGUCAGAAAUGGUCAGAGGAACAAAUCAUGUGUGAACAACAUUUCAUUGAUAAUGUAUCUGUAAACUGUGAUGGAAGAAUUAUGGUAAAACUACCAUUUAAAAAUAGUACAGAUUUAUUAGGUAACUCUAAAGAUAUUGCGUUACGUCGAUUUUAUGCUCUGGAAAAAAAGCUUGAAAAGAAUAUUCAGCUCAAAGAAGAAUAUUCAAAAUUCAUGAAAGAAUACGAAGAAUUGGGACACAUGUCAUUGAUUCAUAGUCCAAAUUUAUCAAUACCUCAUUAUUAUAUUCCGCAUCACUGCGUGCUGAAGUCAAGUAGUGAAUCAACUAAGUUACGCGUGGUGUUCGAUGCUUCUUUCAAAACGGCAUCACAGGUCUCACUAAAUGACAUCCUUGCAGUGGGUCCUACCAUACAAAAUGAAUUACUCAUUAAUCUGCUACGUUUUCGUUGCCAUAAAUAUGGACUUAUGGCGGACAUAACGAAAAUGUAUCGUCAGAUUAUGGUACAUCAUCAGGAUAGGAAUUAUCAGUUAAUUUUUUGGCGCAAUGACAAGUCAUUACCCGUAUCAACAUACAUGUUAAAUACAGUGACUUACAGAACUGCUGCUGCUACAUUUCUAGCUAUACGUAGUUUAUCCUAUGCAGUCGAUACAUAUCCUGGUAACCAUGAGCUUGGAAAAUCAAUAAUAAAAGAAGAUUUUUAUGUUGAUGAUAUGUUAACAGGGGCUGAUGAUUUACUUCACCUUCAACAAAUUAAAAAUGAAGUUACUGACAUACUUCAAUACUUUCAAAUGCCGUUAUCCAAAUGGCAUAGUAAUCACCCUGAUUUAAAUUGUUCGGCAGCGUGCUCCAUCACUACCAAUAGUGAUCUAACUAGUGCACUUGGUGUAAUUUGGUGUCCAAUUGAUGAUUAUUUUACGUUCAAUUUUAAAUUGAAUGAUUCUUCAAAUACCAUUUCCAAGCGAUCAAUUUUAUCUACAGUCGCCGCAUUAUUUGAUCCAAUGGGGUUGAUUAGUCCGAUUAUUAUAAAGGCUAAGAUACUUCUUCAGAAACUGUGGAUCUUGAAGUAUGAUUGGGAUCACGCAGUACCUGACACAAUUUCACAGGCUUGGAGAGAAAUUAUCAUCAAUUUUGAACAAAUAUCUACUUCCAAAAUUCCUCGUUUUGUUUUAAUGUUAAAUCCAGUCAGUAUAGAAGUUCAUGGAUUCGCUGACGCUUCAACAAAGGCUUAUGGUUGCUGCAUAUAUUUUAAAUGCACGGAUGCAAUUGGCAAUAUAUGUACCAAACUCGUGACUUCCAAAUCUAAAAUUGCUCCUUUGAAACAACGGUCACUUCCCCGUUUAGAGCUUUGCGCGGCUCACCUUCUGUCUAAAUUUUGGCAUCAACUUCAACCUAAUUUCAAAAGGUCUUUUGAUAACGUAUUUUUUUGGACGGAUUCGCAAAUUACGUUGCAUUGGAUUCAUACUCAUUCUUCAACAUUAUCAACAUUUGUUGGAAAUAGAGUAGCAGAAAUACAAGAAUUGACUAAUGGCUUUGAAUGGAGAUAUAUACCAUCAGAAUUAAACCCAGCAGAUCUAGUAUCUCGUGGAUGUUCUACUCGAGAUUUAGUUAAGUCCCAAUGGCUAACGGGACCAUCGUUCCUCAACAGUUCAAAAAUUGAUUGGCCUUUAGAAUUUACUUCGUAUUCAUUGACUGACGAAGAAGUCAAUUUAGAAAGAAAAAAAACGGCAUUUAUAAUUGAAAAUAAACCCGUACCAUACGUUUUGCUUAAAAUAAACAAUAUUAGUAACUACUUAACAUGUUUAAGAGUAAUAGCUUACAUUAUCCGCUUUAAAACUCGAAUGAAAAAUGAAUACAUUUCUGCUACUGAGCUCGACAAUGCUCUUCAUAUAGUAGUGUGGGUAAUUCAGCAAUACAGAUUUAGUGAUGAAAUUAAACAAUUGGAACAGGUGGGUCAUGUUAAAGGAAAUUUAGCCACAUUAGCGCCAUUCAUUGAUAAAAGCGAAAAUUGUUUCUUAUUACGUGUAGGAGGUCGUCUAACAAAUGCUGAUACACCAGAAACAUUUAAACAUCAAUUGUUGUUACCAAAGGAUGAACCAUUUGUUCGACAUCUGGUAAUGUACUUUCAUCGGGUUAACUAUCACGUUGGCCCUCGUGCACUAGUUGCAACUAUUCAACAACGUUUUUGGAUAAUAAAUUGCAAAUCAUUAGCAACUUCAGUUAUAAAAAAAUGUGUCCAUUGUGCACGAUAUAAAGUCAAACUAAUCAAUCAAAUAAUGGCACCUUUACCAAAAGAAAGGGUUACACCAAGCAGACCUUUAACAGUUACAGGCGUUGAUUUUGCUGGGCCUAUUUUUACAUAUUUAAAAAUUCGUGGUAAAGCACCGUAUAAAUCAUACAUUGCGGUUUUUAUUUGUUUUGCUACUAAAGCAGUUCAUUUAGAGGCCGUCACUGAUUUAACUAGUGAUGCAUUCAUUGCUGCUUUAAAGCGAUUUGUGGGACGACGAGGUUUGCCAAGGAUAAUACACUGUGACAAUGCAACAAAUUUUGUGGGUGCUGAAACAAAAUUAAUAGAACUUCGACAACAUUUUCAUCAAGAUUGCAUGAAAAAUGCAAUUAUUUCUCACUGUGCAAAUUUAGGAAUAGAAUUUUCAUUUAUUCCUCCUCGCGCCCCACAUUUUGGGGGUCUUUGGGAGGCUGCUGUAAAAACUGCCAAAGGCCAUCUAUAUCGCACAUUGUGUAAUGCUCGUCUUACGUUCGAAGAACUUACAACAUCAUUAGUCGAGAUUGAAGCAAUCAUGAAUUCUCGACCGCUCACAGCAACUUCAACAAACCCCAAUGAUUUCGAAUCUCUGACGCCUGCGCAUUUUUUGAUUGGUACAUCAUUACAAGGUAUUCCUGAGCCGUUUUUAAAGAACGAAAACAUUGCACAUGCCCAACGCUGGCAACGAAUAUCAGCAGCAAAAACACACUUUUGGAAGAGAUGGCAGAGCGAAUAUUUAGCAGACUUGCAGAACCGAUAUCGUUGGAAAUAUGAUCAAGAUAAUGUUGCAGUUGGCAACUUGGUUAUCAUUUAUGACGAGCACGCUCCUCCGAUGAAAUGGGUAAUGGGUCGUAUUGUGAGUGUGAAAACAGGCGCUGACGGACGUGUUCGCGUUGCUGAUGUACAAACACCAACAACAGUUUUACGACGCCCUGUUGCUAAGUUAGCACUUAUUCCAAUUAAUUGA